AUGGCUGGCAUCGGAACACCCCCGAGUAGCGUGCCAGCAGCACUCCCGGAUGCAAAGGACGACGGAAUAGAAGACUUCGGCGACUUUGUGUGCACUGAAGACGAGGAGGUUGAUCUCGAAGAGGUUGCCGAGCCCUGGCAGAAGUACAUUUAUCUUGGAGAAGUGCUUAAUGAAAGGUAUCUGGUAGAGCAUAAACUCGACCAUGGAGGCUUCUCUACUGUCUGGAUGGCCCGUGACCUUCAGAGCGAUAGGGACGUAGCCCUCAAGGUUACGUCUUCGGGAGAAUAUGGGGAGAAUGAAAUCCAGAUGCAAGACAUAAUCAUCCAGAAUGUGCAGGAUGCCUCCCAUCUUGUGACGUGCUUAUCGACCUUUCAGCUGCCUGGUGAGAAGUGUCAUCAUAGGGUCCUAGUAUUACCCUUGAUGGGCCCAUGUCUCUGCCCUGCCAUCCUGAGAACAAUGUCCAUGACCAGUCGUAUGUCCGCUGCACGGCAAUUGCUAGGGGCCUUGGAAAAUCUACAUAACGCAGGCAUUGUACACCGUGAUCUAAACGACAGGAACUGUACGUGGGGGAUGGCUCCUCUACCUACCCUCAAUAGAAGAGCUAAAUAUGAAACACUUGGCCGGCCGCUUAAGGAAGUUAUACCAUUUGUGGACCUCUGGAAGCAGGGAGAGCUUGUUCAGCCUAUGCAAAUCCCGGAGGCCUUACGGACCGAUGACUUCUAUCUUGGAGAUUUUGGUCUGGCGAUGCAGCUGGGCGAUCCCACAUUUCAACCUGGGUAUCCGCCAAUGCAGUUCUGCUCCCCAGACCGACUUCAUAAGAAAGAACCAAGCUUUGCCUGCGAUAUGUGGAGUUACAUGACCAUCUUCACAGAGCUUUACCUUGGCCAUCCGCCUUUCGCCACCUGGCUUGAGGGUGGAGUAAUAACUGGUAUGGUCAGGUGUUUAGGUCCGCUACCUGAGCAAUGGAAGGGGCUUUCCAAUCAUCCUGGAGGGCUUGAUUCCUGGUAUGACCAGUAUCAAAUGCCCUAUCCAAAUUAUGACUUUGCACGAACUAUUGCGUACUAUCAUCCCAACGCCGAUCCGGUUGAGCGAGAACAUGCGCACUCUAUUAUGUCUAAGGUGUUUAAUUAUUGUCCUGAGAAACGUCCGACCGCAGCAGAGCUUCUGCAGGAUCAUUCCUUUAGAGCAAUCAUGGAUAAAUAUGGUUUUUGA